AUGAUUGAUGCUGUGGUGCAGCCGGCCGGCGGGUUUGCGAUGCCGCUGGACAAUGCGGGCCAAGCUAGCCUAACACGCAAACUCCCACGCUCGACGCCCGACUCCCGGCCGCAUCUGCCAACCGCGCCCGCGCCGCCGCCGGCCGCCGCGCCACGGCGCCCACGCCGGCCGCGCCCGCGGAGCGCCCUGCCGCAUCCGCGCCGCGCCCGGCCGCGCCGCCCGGCCACGCCCGCCCGACGCGCCGCGCCGCUCCAUCCAACCGCGCCCGCGCCGUGCUGGCCCGCUGGCAGCGCCCGCCCGAGGACGCCCCCGCCGGUCGCGUCGCUCAAGUCCUCGCUUUGUCAGACGCUCUCCACGGCGGAUCUGCGCGACCCGGAGAUAUCCGUGCUGAUUGCCAAGAAGCUGCGCGAGUUUCACGAUCUCGACAUGCCUGGACCCAGGGACGUGUCAUUGUGGCAGAGACUCAGGCGGUGGCUUGAGGAGGCUCGUGGUAGUUGUUCUGAAGAAGAGUCUAACCAAUAUCAGCUAGAUAAGCUAGGCGAUGAGAUUGCAGUGCUGGAGAAGACGCUCUCGGGGGUCGAACAGUAAUGGUCUGACUGAUUCCUUACAGGGUUUAUCAAGCAGUGAGGUAAACAACAUUGUUGAUUGGAGGAAAUUUUACUUCGAAAGAUAUAUGUGAGCUUCUUUCUAAGAGCCAUCUUCAUGUUACUUAUUUUCUUCCAGUAAACUAUGAGGCUUCAUAGAACUGUAUGCAGUUUUCCAGGAAAUGCUAGGCUGGCAGCUUGGUGUCACCUAGUAAUGUGUACCCUUGUAACAUGCCUUUACAUGUAUGAUGCAGAUUUGCUGGUAAACUUAUUUGUAACAUGCCUUUACAUAAAUCGCCUGUUACUAAUUUAGACUUGUGAUGGACUUACAGAUUUGUUUA